UGAUCCCCUAUCCCAACAGGCUCAUUCUAUCUGCAAAACAAGCCUCCAAUAUAAUCAUCGUGAUGAUUCCAUCUGUAACCUCAGAAAUGAAUAAUUUCUUUGAAUCUCAAAACCCUACAAUUUUUCCUGCUGAUUUCCGCAACCCUCAGGCAUUACAGUUCGGCAGAUUCUUAACAAACUUGCAAAAUUGUCAUUCAUCUGUUCCAGUGCAUGACUUCACACCAAACUCCUCGUACAUCAGCAGUAACUCAACCUCUGAUGAAGUUGACGAUAAUCAGGUCGAUAUAAUCGACGAGAGAAAGAAGAGGAGAAUGAUAUCUAAUAGAGAAUCUGCUCGAAGAUCAAGGAUGAGGAAGCAAAGGCAAGUUGAUGAGUUAUGGUCCCAAAUUCUGCUUCUCAGAACGGAGAAUCAGAAUCUCGUGGAGAAGUUGAAUCAUGCGUCGGAGAGUCAUGAUAGGGUUGUUCAAGAAAAUGCACGGCUCAAGGAAGAAGCUUCCGAUCUUCGCCAAAUGAUGAUUGAUCUCAAAAUUGGAGAUUCUUAUACUCUCUUUAGCGAUUUUCUUGAAAAUAUACCUUGCAACACAGCUCAUCUCAUGGCUGAAUCUUCUAACCUGUCCAUCACUACUGCCACAAGUCUUCUUCACUAAGCUUCUUUAGAGAGAGAGAAAGUUAUCCAUUUACUUUUUUCUUUGUGUUAGUAAGUUGAAUAACUGCUCAAGUUUUUAGACUAUCUUGUUUCAUCAGAGCAAGUAAAUGUUUUUAGUUCAAGUCUCGCUGCUACCUACUUAAAAAAAAAUGUUUGUGUUAGGCCAGCGAUGAACAUGUGAAUCCGGCCUACACAGGAAGAAGUGACAACAGCUUAAAUGAAUAAAAUUGCUCACUUUCAAUAGUUUAAGUCCA